UGUGUGGUGGCUUUGUUCGCUUUUGUUAUCGGUGAUCUUUGUCCUUUCCGUUAACCGUGAAGCUCGAGCUAUCUUCCGGAUUUCCUCCCUCCGAUGCUCGCUAACGUCGUUUCUUAAUUUAUGCUCUUUCGGGGGGAAACUGCCACAGCGAAGACCGCCACGCAUCAGAUAUGAGGCAGUUCAAGCCGGUACUUCUGAAGACGUACGGUAAACAGAGGCGGAAGCUGUCUGCCUGGAUUUCUCCAGAAAACCGCAAACAGGCCUUCGACAGCUCCGGAUCGAGCAAUGGAUCCGCGUUCGAGUCCCCGAAGCAGAAGAAAACCAGAAAGAAGAAGGCUGGUGUAAGAAAGCAAAGAGCUGCCAAAGAAAAGGCCAUGAGACAUCUGACUGAGAAGAGUGAUGAUGAUGGAGAUACAGAUGAUGAAGAGAACGUUGGAAUGCCCACCCCUCCUCCUCCUCUGCUUUUUCAACAAACCAGGAGAUCCAAGCCUCAGACCAACACUCAGAUAAAGAAGACAUUUUCUGGUCGAAAAGCACAAGAGAGAAAAGUCAUCCCGUCUCAGACUGAGAGCAGCAACCUUAAGGAGAACUCAGAGAACCGAUCCGCUUCGCCUGCUCGGCUCAGUCCACAAGGCAAAAUGAGAAGGAAAACCAGGCUUGUGUCUGUACCCAGAGCUGUGAGUCUGGAGCAACAGCAGGUUUCGUUCUUGAGCGACAAGGAGGCAUCCGCACCAAAACGGCACAAAAAUUCAGCUUUAAUGAACCCAGAUGUUGUUGGCCAGCCUCCCUCUGCGGGUCACUUUGUGACUCGUCGCAGACGUGCUCCGACAAAGCCCCAACUUCCAAAAGUAGAUAGUCUUAUCGACUCCUUGGAUGACUUUACUUCUGGAGCCUUUUGUGCCGCCAGGAUACAUCGGCCUUCCAGGAGGAGGAGGAAUCCUCCAGCAUUUGAGUCCUCAAGCGACAACUCACCGGUCACUGCUGCCGUCUUCAACACUUUGCAAGAGAUAUCUCUAAACGCGUUGCCAGAUAGUGGCCUCAGACGCUGCCCACAGAAGCCUAUUUUUUGCUCCACACCAUCUGCAAGGUUGUUGAGGAAACGUGCACCAUGUGAACCCUCUCCCAUCGAUGAUCGGUCCGCCCUGUCUUCCUCCGUGUCGGUGAGCUCCAUAAGAGACCUGAGCUCAUCUCAAGAAAACCUGGGGUCUCCAUCACACUCUGCAAUAAAGCAGCAAAAGGAAGCAGACCUGCAUAACCACGCUGAACCAUCUGCCGUACUAAGUGCGAUUUGGCUCUCUGCAGACAGCGCGAGCAACUGUCAGUUUGUAACUGCCAGAGGAGAGUUAGAGCAGCAGGUCGAAACCUUGAAGGAGAAAUGUUUGACCGAGUUCUGCUCAGUGCGGCUGGAGGGGUUAGACUGCAACGCUCUCUCUGAGCGAUGCACCAGAACAACAUACCCCUCCUGUCUUGAGCUUUCAAGCUCAGUUCAUUGCCAGUCAGGUAAUGAGCAGCCGCAGAGCAGGAGUCAAGCUGUUGAUCCGUCUUCACAAGCAUCACUACAUCUGCAGUUAUCUCUGACAAAUCACAGUUUUCAUUCAGAAACCGAUUUGGAGGAAGCUGUUUCGAUGGAUGACGGUCACAGUGCUUUCACUUCACCAUUCCCAGCCAAACGACCAAGCUCACAAGAGUUUAUGGAACUCCCCGAGUCUGCUCUCGACAGUCCCACAGGUGUGAUCGAGUCAAAGAUGGUAGAAGACACGGCCAUCCUCACUGCACUGCUGAAGGAGGAGUGUCUCACAAGAAAACCUGCUGUUCAUGUGAAGAGAACAAGUAGGUCACAACUGAAGGAAAUACUACAGUUUAAAGAUACCGCAUUGAAAUCUCCAGCUGUGUCGUCCUCGGCCGACGACGAGCAGAUGACGAGUGACCCCCUGUCUGGAAACGACUCUUUGACCCCGAAAGCCGACGUGAAAAAUCAGGGCCCGGCUAGUUUUGAAGGCAUCACCACCGAGAAAGAUGGCAAGAAGUACUCUUGUAAUGCGGCCCUCAACAGGAAACAGCUGUCUGUGGCUCACAAGGACAACAAAAUGAGCGCAGCCUCCAACAGACCCGGGACGAGCAGAAAGGCAUGUGUGAGCGGCCUGAGCGUGAGUCGCUGGAAAAACAAGGGCAGUGCCAGGGCUGCAGACUGCAGCAUCACCGAGUUCAUCUCCAAACCGCAGCAACAUCCCCUGGAACUGCAGAAAUUAUUGGGAAGUACGGUCAAUUUCUCCACCCCGCUGAGAGCAACUCGUCUCAAUCUCUCAUCUUUAAUGGCUGAUUUUACACCCAGCACGCCCACCUGGAGCCGUCUCAAAUCAAAACUGUCUCUUCAUCGCAAAAUGCUGCUCACUCCGAAGUAUCUGGCAUCUGGCUCUCCUGAAACGACGGAGCUGUCAGAUAUCAGUCGGGAUCUCUUCGCCAUGCCUGUUCGAACGCCUAUUUUCGCACGUCUUCAGUCACAGCUGCACAGCUCGCACUCUCUGGUUGAUGAUCUCUCCGAUGCGGAGAAGGUGUACGCCGAGUGCGGCCAACAGCAGCCUCUUUCCUGGGAAGAGUGUAUCCGCCCUCAGAGCAUGAAAAAAUGUGUGAAAAUUGGGGAGGGGACCUUCGGAGAGGUCUUCACUACAACCAAUCCUUCAGGAGAGACUGUUGCCCUCAAGGUUAUUCCACUAGAGGGCGCCGAAAAGGUGAAUGGAGAGGACCAGAAGACCUUUGGAGAAAUCCUCCAUGAAAUUAUCAUCUCAAAAGAGCUGAGCAGCCUGAAAGAAAAGCCGAACAACCAGACUCACGGUUUCAUUGGACUCAAAGAUCUCCACUGUGUUCAAGGCUGCUACCCACCUUAUUUUAUAAAAGCCUGGGACGCUUUCGACCGACGGAAAGGCUCAGAAAAUGACAGGCCAGAUUUCUUUGAAGAAGAUCAGUUUUUCUUAAUCCUGGAGUUUGAGUUUGGAGGCGUCGACCUGGAGAACAGCAAUGGAAAGUUGGCAUCUUUAGUGGUGGCGAAGAGCGUCCUUCACCAGGUGACUGCAGCUUUGGCUGUUGCUGAGCAAGAGCUACAUUUUGAGCACAGGGACCUCCACUGGGGCAACGUGCUGGUCAAAACCACCAAGCAGAAGACGGAGAGCUUCCUGCUGAACGGAACGGCCCAUCACGUGGACACCGAAGGGGUGCUGGUCCGCAUCAUUGACUACUCCCUCUCCAGGCUGGAGAUCGAUAGCCUGACCGUGUCCUGUGACAUUUCAAACGAUGAAGAGCUUUUCAUGGGCCAGGGCGACUAUCAGUUUGAAAUCUACCGACUGAUGAGACAGGAGAAUGGAAACAACUGGAGCAGCUACCACCCCCAUACAAACGUGCUGUGGCUCCACUACCUGAGCUCCAAACUGCUGUCUAUGAAGUACCGCUCAAGAGGAAAGAAGGACGUGCGAAAGGAGCUCACCCGUUUCCAUCACAACGUUCUCCAGUACGGCUCUGCCACAGAGGUGCUGCAGAACGACCCUCUGUUUGAGUAAUACGAACAGCGAGCACAGGAAACGUGAGGCAGAAG